GAAGAAGCAAAACAUUUCUAUGCUUUGCAGAGUGAAACAUAUAGUAGGUGCGGUCUUGAUUCCCAAGAUGCCACAGCUGGAGUUCAGCCUUGAAUGCCAGGAACUGGCCGUCCCGGUGCGAGGGGAGAGGAAGCCCAACGCUGUGGUACGGGUCUCCGUGGUAAACACCUCGCAGGAGAGCCUCGCCACACAUGCCUGCACUGAGAUUGUGGAGGGAACCAGAGACCCGCUGUUCCUGACGGGAGUGAGCUUCCCUCCAGACUACCCUCUGUGUGAGGAGACGCGGCUUCAGCUGACCAUCUACGAUGUGAGGGACGCAUCUCAGGAAGUGCGGAGUUUCCUGGGCUGCACCACCUUUACCGUGGGGGACUUGCUGAAGUCCAAGGACGAGCAGCUCACACUUCGCCUAAGAACCUCAGAUGGUACCAGCACCACUGGGACAAUAGUAGUGAGCCGCUUGAAGAUGGGAGAGAUAGAGGAUGGAGAGAUGGACCAGAUCGCAGCAGAUGUACACGGGCAGAAGUGUACUCUUCUGUGUGAGUCACUGCCGGGAAGCACAUGUGGCAAAAAGACUAAUCCUUUGAUGAAUGCCGUAUUCAGGAAUCCAAUCUGUAAGGUGUACAGGUUCCAGACUGUCGAUAACAGGUGGAUGCUGGUGCGAGAGCAGAUGGCAGAGUGCACCCUGUCCUUUCUCAUCCCCAAACAGCUCAUUACGCUUUACAUACAAGAAGACAUGAGAAGGAUACAGGAGCUAAAGGACCUCGGAGACCUCUCUCCUCACUGGGACAACCUGCGCAAGGAGGUGAUCGCUCACUAUGGCCAGCUGGUCAGCAGUUACCAAGAGGUCCUCACAGAGCUCAACAAGCUGACAGGGUCAUCUUUUAAACCCAGCUGCUGUAAAACUGAGAAAUACCUGGAGUUCAUCCCUAUCAAUCUGCACACUCAGACAAUGCAAGUUACUUGCCCAAAACAUCCAGAGGCCUCUUAUGACAUCGUCACGGUGGGCGCACCAGCAGCUCAUUAUCAGGGGUUUAAAAAUGGAGGACUUCAGAGGCUGCUGAAUAGAUUCGAAGCGGAGAAGAAGAAUUUCAGCACAGCAUACCAGUGCAUCUACUACUCCCCUGAAAACACGGCCAAGGCACGGGAGGUACUGGCCAGUGUGAGUCAGCUGCAACCCCUCAUCUCUGACAUGGCUGACCAGCUGCUGCAGGCUGCCCAGCAACGCUCACCGGACCGCCUGCAGGAGGCGCUCAAGACCCUCUGUGACAGAACGGAGCAGUUUGUUCACGCGCUCAAGGAUGAACUGGUGAAGAGUGCCCUGCUGGCGCUACACGCGGCUCGUCCUGGCUUCAUCCAGAGCGUGCAGCCUGGCACUUGCAGCAGCGUUGGUGGGAGUGAGGCCCAGGAUUCCAUACCUCAACACAAGGACUACGACGAGGAGGAGUGGGACAGGGUGUGGGCCAACGUGGCUAAAAGCCUGAACUGCAUCAUCGCCAUGGUAGAUCGGCUGCAAGAGCAUGACAACAAUAACGAGGAGCCUCCUGCGGAGCCUGCUCUGGCAGAUGUUAUCACGUCGCACACGCCCGAUGCUGGUGACUGGCAGGAGAAGAUUUACCCCCUGGUGGUCACUCUGAAGGACUGCGUGAUGGAAGUCGUGGAGCGCGCCAAGAAAGCCAUGGCCUUCGUGCUCCUGCAGGAGGUAGCGUGCAGCAUCCCUCAGGGCCUGGCGCUCAGACAGAGGAGGGAUGUCAUCUUCAGCCAGGCGCUUGCGGCUCUAGCCUGUGGCUUCGUCAUGAGGCUCUACACGGCCAUUGAGGACAAGGGCUUUCUGCAGCAGCUCCAGCAAGUGGGAGUGGUAGCACAGUUUGAGAGCCUGCUCAGCACCUACAGUGAGGAGAUUGGUAUGCUGGAGGACAUGGAGGUGGGCAUUGCGGAUUUGCGCCGGGUGACAUUUAAAAUCACGGAGGCCAAGUCAGGCGAGCCGGGGGACCUGCAGCCCGCUGUCAGCGGCUGGAGGGAUUAUUACACAGUAGAAGUACCGCUACCUUGCGGGUUGUUCGAGACAUUACCCAAAGAAAUCAAGGACAAGCCGCUGCACAUCUACCCAGUCUUGUUCAAUGUGGGAAUCAACCAACAGCAGACUUUGGCCGAGAGGUUUGGUGACAUUUCCUUACAGGAGAGGAUAAACCAGAAAAACUUUGAGAUUUUGGACAACUACUACAAGUUGCUAAGUGACAAAAUGCCACUAGAAUGCUUGCCUUCAUUCCAGACACAAACCAACUUGAAGGAACUACUUGAAACUCUUGCACAGCAUGUGGUGACAAAGAAGAGGAAGAACGUGGAGAUUCUGUGGCUGGCUGGCACGAUAUGCAGACGGCUGAACGGUAUCAGGUUUACAAGCUGUAAAAGUGCCAAAGACAGGACAUCCAUGUCUGUGACGCUGGAGCAGUGCUCUCUGCUGAGGGAUGAGCAUGAACUGAAGAAGGAGCACUUCGUGAGGGCGCUAGACUGCAUGCGCAGCCGGCUCUCCCAGGGAGAAGUUGGUCAGUGGGCCGACCCUGAGGCAGGCCUUGUAGCGGAAAGCAAACCAACCUCCCGCCAUUUCUACCCUGUCGCCUUGCUGCUAGUCAGCUCACACCUGCUGGUCGUGUGGCUCAUUCUAAGUCUUGUCUUUCUGCUUGCAAAAUAUCAAUAA